CAGGUUGAAAACCUUCACCACUCCUUCUGGGUUAAGAAUUGCCAGGAACACAUAAAUUGUUACACGGUAGCUGUUUGUAUCUUAGCCUGAAAGAAGAAAUAAUGGAAUUCAUACAUAAAUUAGCCUAGUUAAUUCAAUCAAACUGUCUAUCCAAGUUACCUUAGGUCAUUUAGUAACUGGCUUGCUCGGGUAAGGAUGAUUAUGGGGAUUGGGGAAUAAAUGUUCCCAUAUCCAUCUGAAGAUUCAAAUUAACACUGUCAAAAGGCUACUAAAAAUGUCUAAUUACUAAGGCAUUGUCAUGCAGAGGCUUCCUCCGUUGUCAACGGAGCCGAACCGAUGCGAGCGUGCAUUCGUUGGUAACACCAUAGGUCAGGCAAAUGGUGUGUAUGAUAAGCCGCUCGAUCUACGCUUCUGCGAUUACACUAACGAGAAAUCGAACCUGAAGGGGAAAUCUCUUGCGGCUGCACUUAUGUCAGAUGCUAAGUUUGAUGGUGCAGACAUGUCUGAAGCUGUGAUGUCAAAGGCUUAUGCUGUUGGAGCUAGCUUCAAAGGUACAGACUUCUCGAAUGCGCUUUUGGAUCGAGUUAAUUUUAAAAGCGAAUCUACAAGGAGCUAUAUUCAAGAACACAGUGUUAUCGGUUCAACAUUCGACAAUGCGCAGACUUGA